AUGACGACAAGGAAUGCCCAGCACGAAAAGCUGGGGAACAACCGAGGUGCGCAAAUUGUAGGGGAACACACCCAGCCUGGGUCUCUAAGUGCCCUGAGAGGGAGAGGGCAUCAAGCAGGGCCCGUACAGCAUACAUGGAAAGACCCCGUAGGUUUAUGGAGCCAAAAGCACAAGAUGGGUGGCAGGUGGUGCAAACCAGAGGAAAUAAAAGGUUACCCACUGGGGAACCAGAGGGCCAAAGAAGAGGACCAGGCCGACCCAAGGGGAUUCUGCAAGCAGGCGAAGCCCAGAGAGGAGCUCUAA